AUGAGUGUAAACCCACCAAGAAGAGAAGGAAGGGGUUCCUUCCCCAAAUACGGGUCGACCCGAGUACAAAACGAGGCACUGUCCGCCGAGGCCUCCUCCUCUACCGCAGCCCGCCACCAGGCGGAGGAGAAGGCACAGUGCCUCCGUGACACACUGGAUGAGGCCAGAACCCGGCGCAUGCUAACCGAAGAUAACGAACGAAACCACCGUAACCUCCAAGCCCUCCGUGAGGCCCUCCGAAACCAACAGAGGGCCUCAGCGGAGAUAGGCUCUCAGCUCCAAGAACAGAUCCGGCAACUCAACACCUUGUUGCUGAGCGACGAAGAAAGGCACCGACAAAAUCUGGUCAGGCUGGAGGAAGACGAAAACCUGGCCAGAUCUCUUCGCCGAAACUUGGAGCAGGAAAUGAGAAGACCCCAUAAAGCGCGCAGGCAGCCGUGUCCCCACAGCAAUUCGCCCGAACAUAUCCCACUAGACUGCACAGUAGUGGUAGACCGCACGGUCCGCCGCCAGCUUAUCGGUGACCGGUGCGUCAAUAAGGAGCACGCUCCAAGAAGGAAACAUUAA